UCAUCCACCGAGGUAAAUAUGGCCAAACAUAGCAGACGACCACACAAAAAGUCUAGGGCUGGGUGUAUCAACUGUAAAAGGCGCAAAAUCAAGUGCGAUGAGACGAAGCCAAGAUGCUCUUCCUGUUUAAGCUUUGGCAUAGUGUGUUCCUGGCCAACCUUGGAUCAACAAUCGCCGAAAGCGCCAAAAAGAGCAAUUGUAUAUGCUGAUGAGUUGUUACCACGCGCAGCGUCAUGCCGAAGACGUAGAGGUCGGCCUAGAAACGAUUGGAGAAUACUGCCAUCAGAUGCGUGGAACGAGUCCAACGCAAAUUCUGCAGUGGCAACUUUGAAUAUGACUGAUACAGGGACCCACGCGGAUGGUCUCAACUUGGAAGAUACUGAGCUACUUUUGCAUUUUGUUCAGUCAACAGCACAGUCACUCUCUGGUGGCUUGUCGCCCGAUGACAGAAUUACUAAGUUUUGGACCACAAAUGCUCCUCUUAUUGGACUAUCGUAUCCAUUUGUGCUUCAUCUUAUAUAUGCCCUCACUGCAUAUCAUAUUGCGGUGCAGUGUUCUGAUGAAGAGCGAAAGCUGCACUACAAGACUUUGGCAUCUAAGCAUUUAGCUCGUGGCACAGCGGGUUUGGCAAGUACAACCAGUCACCUGGACGACAAUAACUGCGGCGCUGCCUAUCUUGGAGCAACACUUAUGUGCUAUUGCAAUUUUGCAGCAGGGCCAGGUGGGCCAGAAGACUUAAUGAUCUGCUAUUUGGGAAAUAAGCAAAAUAUUCGGUGGAUAAAUUUGGUCAGUGGUCUUCGUCUUAUCCGCGAAGCCUUUACGCCGAGUGCACUUUUCGCAGGGCUGAUGUCACCGUUGAGUCCUUUGCCAGGUAGUCCAGCAAAAAAGGCUCCCCAGAUGCCUCUUUGCAAAAAGCUCGGCCAGGCUCAAUUACAAUGGCACUCGGCGUUGGCAGACUUGAAGCGCUUUGUAAUCCUACAGGAGGGAACGUAUGCCAAACUCUGUCUUCACCCCAUUGCUGAACUUGUUAAGUUGUUUGAAGGUAUAUACGGUGACGAGAGCGGUAACUGCGGAGUCUCGCAAGAUUACCAGUACGUGUUAGGCUGGUUGUAUCGACUGUAUGGAGAGUACAUACAGGCAAUUCGGUCCGAGGAUUCGGCCGCACUGGCAAUUCUGACUUAUUUUGCAGUUCUGCUUAAGACGGUAGAGGAAUGGUGGUUGAAGGGAUGGGCGGAACAUGUUUGCAUCGCUAUCAGAGAUAUUGUGAAUGGCAACCUUGGACCACUUAUAGAUUGGCCGAUAAAUCAUGUUUUUGUAAGUCAUGAGUUGGAACCAAAAUAUAGCUGGCAUCGUAAAAGACAUGGGCAGUAUACCAAUACACUAAGAAACUACAAAUUCCAUAUCAAGGCUUAUUGUUAG